AUGAUAAAGGAAUUUCUUGAAAAUUUAGAGAAUCCAAAAAUACCACUUUUUGGUCCAAACUAUUGGCUUUUAAAUAAAAUCGGGCUGCUGCUUCCCAAAAACUGGAUGGACAGAAUUUGGAAAAUAAUAAUACACGAGAUUGUAACGUUUUUCGUACUCACCCAAUACAUGGAACUCUAUGUAAUUAGAUCAGACUUGGACCUCGUCUUGACAAAUUUGAAGAUUUCUAUGUUAAGCAUCGUUUGUGUAAUCAAAGCAAAUACAUUUGUAUUUUGGCAAGGAAAUUGGCGUCAAGUCAUUGACUACAUAACUGAAGCUGAUAAGUUCGAAAGGGAUAAUCAGGAUGAAGCUAAAGGAAAUAUAAUCAACACAUACACAAGAUAUUGUCGUCGUGUAACUUAUUUCUACUGGGUGUUGGUAUUUACCACUUUCAUUACUACUAUUACUACACCAUUAAUGAAGUAUUGUUCAUCUGAGAAUUUUCGAGAAGGUUUCCACAACGGAACUGAACCAUUUCCACAUAUAUUCAGCUCAUGGAUGCCUUUUGAUAAAGAAAACUCCCCAGGGUGCUGGAUUACUGUUUUGUGGCAUACCGGGCUAUGUGCCUACGGGGCAACUAUAAUGGCUGCAUAUGACACUAGUGUUAUGGUGAUAUUGGUGUAUUUUGGAGGAAAAUUAGAUCUUCUUCGUAUACGAUGUAGAGAGAUGCUCGGCACACAAGGAAAAGGAAUAAGUGACGAAACUGCAGAAAAGGUGGUCCGACAACUCCAUCAAAUCCACGUUAUACUUCUGAAGUAA